UUUCCAUCUUUUCAUUUUAUUUUGGUAAUUCACACAGCAGAUUACUAAAGUUUAUUGCUACAGAAGUUUUGAUUAAUAUCUAAGCUCUAAGUAACUAACUGGGCAUCAUGAAAUGAAAGCCACCUCUGGAAGUAUAGGAAUAAGGAUUGUUUGGAUUAUAUGGAAUUGUUUGGCAGGAGUUUUGCCCGUUCUGAGAUUUUUUUUUAAAUAGCUCUUCGUUUUCUGGUGACUCAAGAUUAAUGUUACAUACUCGAGUUAGGUAAUCUACAGCAAGUCUUAUAAGUCAGCAAAUAUAUAUAGUAGUACCAUUUUCCUCCUGAUAGGUCCAGACCUUUCCACUUUUAUUGCUACGUAAUAAUAAAUCAGUGGCUAGGCAGUCUUCAUGGUCCUUCAGAUAUCAUUGAGGCUCUUCCAUCUUAACUCUAUUGGCUGUCUCAAUGUGUGAUGCUUCCUAAAAAAUCGAAUCUAUACAGUAACCUUUCACCUCUGCACAUCUAAAUUUGGGGCGCGUCCAGUAGAUUCCAGUUCAUCACGGAUCCGGGCCUCCUGCCGUUGCUGUCACACUGGCUGGAUCGCAAGACUCGAUGCGGGUCGUCCCAAGUAUUGGAACAGUGCGAGGGAGAGGGCUUUGUGAUAGGGGCAGAAGGAGCAGGUUGAGUUCUCGAUAGCUUGUCUUCAGCGUCUUGAAACCAGGAGCAUUAUGCACUUCAGACCUGGGUUUAGAAAUUUCCUGUCACUCUGGCGUUGUGGGUGAGAGAAGCUGGACUUUGUUUCCUGUCUUAGUUAACGACGGCAUUUAAUGAGCGCUGUGCAUAAAGCACGCGCGCGUUGUACCUGGUUCUCGGGACAGUGCCAGAUUGGCAUUCUCGUGCAACAGAGGGUUCCUGAGACCCUGAGAGGUGGGGUCACUUGUCCAGCCCCGGCAGCUAGUGGCAGAGUCAGGAUCUUGACUUUCACUACACCGUGUUGUCACCCUCAAGAGAGAGCAUUUCAUCGUGGAAGACGUAGGAACACGUAGAUUUUACGUUCAGUUUAGUUUUAGACUGAUAUUUCGUUGAAAAGAAAACAGUAAAGCAGAGAACUUUGAAUAAGGAGUUGAGCUGGGUUCCCUUCAUUAAAAGAGCAUAUUUAUAGAGGGCAAAUUGAAGCCAAGUAGCCCUAAAAUAUUGCCGGGAAGGAGAGGGUAAGUACUGCCGAUAAAAAACGACGGGCCUGUGCUUUUGCGAAAUAAAAGUAGUUUGAAAGCAUGGGUCGUGUUGAUGACAUAUUUCCAUCUGUUUGAUCUCUUCCCUGCAAAAUAAUCUCUUAUUUUCCCUUACAGAGUCAACUGUUCAUUUUAUUUCAAAAUCGGAGCAUGUCGUCAUGGAGACAGAUGCUCUCGGUUGCACAAUAAACCGACCUUUAGCCAGACCAUCUUGAUUCAAAACAUCUAUCGUAAUCCCCAAAACAGUGCACAGACGGCUGACGGCUCACACUACCAUUGCCCUCUUGAACAUUUACCGUAACCCUCAAAACUCUUCCCAGUCUGCUGACGGUUUGCGCUGUGCCGUGAGCGACGUCGAGAUGCAGGAGCACUACGACGAGUUUUUCGAGGAGGUGUUCACAGAAAUGGAGGAGAAGUACGGCGAGGUGGAGGAGAUGAACGUCUGCGACAACCUCGGGGACCACCUCGUUGGGAACGUGUAUGUGAAGUUCCGCCGUGAGGAGGACGCGGAGAAGGCCGUGAUCGACCUGAACAACCGCUGGUUCAACGGGCAGCCCAUCCACGCCGAGCUCUCGCCCGUGACCGACUUCCGGGAAGCCUGCUGCCGCCAGUAUGAAAUGGGGGAGUGCACGCGAGGCGGCUUCUGCAACUUCAUGCACCUGAAGCCCAUCUCCAGGGAGCUCCGGCGGGAGCUCUACGGUCGCCGGCGCAAGAAGCAUCGGUCGAGGUCCCGGUCCCGGGAGCGGCGCUCUCGGUCCAGAGACCGUGGUCGUGGCGGCGGCGGCGGCGGCGGUGGCGGCGGCGGUGGACGGGAGCGUGACCGGAGGCGGUCAAGAGACCGGGAGCGGUCCGGGCGGUUCUGACCGUGCCGUUUUUACCGUACGUCUGCUAGAGAGUUGUAGUCGAUUGACCAAACCAGUUCAUAAUGGGAAUUUUUUUUAAAAAACAACAAAAAAAAACAAAGAUGGGUUUCUGAAUAAAAUUUGUAGUGACACAGUA